CACAAGAGCCAGCUGAACAAGCAAGUAUGGAAGAAAUAUUAAGAUGUUUCAGGCCUAUGUGUCUACCUUGAAAGCUUUCAUAAGGCUACCCCAAAAUGUUGUCCGCGGCAUCGCUUACCGGCCUCAUGUGCCGCAUUCUACUAUAUAGCAGCGUUGCUUACCAAGAUGUAGCAAACGUGACCUUCGAAUUUAGCACGCCGCGCUUCGUCGACCCCACAUCCAUGCUGUUUUGCGCUACUAGCACCCGAGUGAACCUAACAAGGAGCGACAUCAAAAUAGUCCAUUUGUGGUCGGGCGGCUCAAUAUUCUCAACGGAUGAAUCGGCGGUCGACGAGUCGCGUUUCUUCACCUUCGGUGACAUCGACAGCUUGGAGGUGUCUACGGUGUAUGAGGUGCUAGGCACCGACCCCUAUUAUGCCGGGAGCUACCGGCUUCAGAGGUAUGAUGACCUGGUUCAGGACCAGGACGGGCAGUCCAUUCGUGGUGUGGUGGACUUCCCCGUGGACCCCACCGCGCAGGCGGGGUCGCAGGAGCAGCAGCAGGGCAACUGCUUCCUGCUGACAGGCGCCUGGAAGGCCGAUACGCGCUACACGAUGGUAGUCCAGCUCCGGAACCCGCCCGCGCCAAACACAGCAGCCGCGCCGCCGCCCCCGCCGCCGCCACCGCCGCGGCACGCCACCUCCCCGCCUCCGCCGCCCUGGACGGGCAACGGAACGGCGCCGAUGGCGUCGCCGCCGCCGCCGCCCAUGCCGCCACAGUCAACCUGGUCGUACAGUAGCAAUGUGACGCCGAUCUUAUGGAUCGCACCCAUUACACACUCGGUUGAGACGUACGGCAGUGGAGCAGAUGAGAUCCAGACGGUCUUGUUUUCCGUACGUGGGAACAAGUACGGCGCUGCAUGCCCCAUGAGGCCAGCCAUCGUGCCGUACAUGGACACCAUGUUUGACGCCUGCGCGGAGUCGAUGAAACGGGGCCUGGGGCCCUCGCCUGACAACGUGACUAGUGUUGCGGACUGCCUGCAGCGUCUGAAAGCCGUCGCCUCAGAUGCCGCCAACCAGGGGGUGUUUCCCUUCACCGCGCCGCCGCUCACUCAGUACGUCCUCAACUCCUUUGCUGCAACAUCCUGUACGGCAGCUGGGACGGUCCUGGGGCCGCGGCUGGGUGGGGAAUGCGUCAGCUGCGGAGUGUACGGCACCAAACUGAAUGCCAGCACCUGCAGCUGCCCCAGCCACGUGUUGCCGUACAAGGUGGGCUCCGUGGCCUGCGGCGAGCCCAUCACGCCGGACGGCAGCGUGCGGGACCUGGGGCUGCUGCCGAGCUGGCUGUGCGCGCGCUUCUCAGCAGCCAAGCGGGACUGGCAGGACAAAGAGCUUUUGGACCACAACAUCGCCAAGCAGUACGUGGAGGCAUUCACACGCCUGGCGAGUCCGCUGCUGGAUGCAAGCACGGUGGCGGCGGCUUAUGCGACAUUCAACUCGACGCUGAUCUUUGACGACCGCCGGCCUGACUCGCCCACUCGGGCCCAGGGCCUGAGGCCCAACUGCAACAAGUGCACGGAGGGGCAGUUCAAGAACGUGUGGACAAAGGAAAUGACUCCGCUCUUCGACUGGCACUUUGAUGCCAUGAACACGUUCCGCUUCCUGGGCUAUGUGAUGGACAAGGCACUUCGAUCGCCAUGUAAGGAGCUCUGGGACAGUUCCAAUCCGCGGAAGUGGGAGUACGGGUAUUACGAGGAGGUGAUUUGCAAACCCAUGCCCGAGGAUACAUGCUGCGGGAACAGAACUAACAGCACCUCUUAAUUUGGUAUAUGCUUGACGGUGGCAUGUGCGGGAAUUGGCGGAGGUUGGUAGGCACGCGGCGUUUUGGGCGUCGGCAUGACAUGUACGCAGGCUGCUCUGUGACUGCGAACUUAUACUGCGGAUGAGGCUGGGCCUUGGCGAGGUAGUGUUAGACGCAUAAGUAUUGCUCGGGACUUACUCGGGGUAGCAACCCGAGGCAACCCCCAUGCAACAAGAACUAGAUGCGACGUUUGGAAUUCUAUACGAACGUUCAUCUUCACGAAAGUGUAAUCAAUAUCUGGGCACCAAUACUUACUUUCUGAAUUGUACAAGGUCUCUUUAGUGAUUACAGCAUCGGCACGGCCCAUGCAAUCAUCCGUGACAGCGUAACAUAGUUUCCUCCUUUGGCUGUCCCUGAACUGUUUAUUGGCCAUAUAAUUCAUGGAGUAGUAAAUAAUACAGACACAUGACGGGCCCUUGUGCCCUCGCUUUGGUGGGCUUGGCGCUCCUUGGCCUUGCCCAACCUUCGCUUAGCCAGACAGCACAUGAGUGCCAGGCUCUUACGGACCACUACCUAGAGAAGCAUCACAAGGAGGCGGUGCCAUACACGGGAUCGAACAUGGUUUACUUCUUGCACGUCCCGCGCACAGCUGGGCGGACGUUUCAUAGUUGCUUGCUCAAAACGGUGACGCAUCCAGCUCGGAGAUGUCCCAAGGCCUACGAUCACCUUCGGUUGUCCAACAUGAGCAUGCCCAACUGUUACUUGCUUUCAUCGCAUGACGAUUUUAGCGUCGUAUCGAUGCUGCCGCCAGACGUGGCAGUCAUCUCACAGCUACGUGACCCCCUGGACCGGUUUAUAUCAGCAUAUGAAUUUGCGAUCGAAGUGGCUGCGCGGUCGCUAAGGCGACCCAAGAACUACCGCAAGAAAGUUGGCAGGAUCGCGACGGAGGAUGUAUGGCCAUGGUCAUACCUGAUUCCCUUUUUCCAAGAGGACAUGCAGCCAAAGGUGGCCGCAGCUCAGGCCAUAGCACAGCCCGAAGAAGGCCGCUGGAUCGAGGUGGAGCAGGACGGCGAGCGCUGGUACUUCAACAAGGCGCUCAACGUGUCCAGGUGGAACCUCACGGAGGAGGAGGCGGCGGCGGGAGGCGGCGUGCUGCCGCUGCUGGACCCGUACGACAACCAGCUGGUCAUGAGCCUCAAGGACUUUGCACAGCAUCCCAUUGCUGCUGAGCUGCUGCACAACGGGGCGACCUUCCAGGUGCUCGGCAUUACCAACUACUCGCACUGGGGCGAUGCGGGCGCCUUCCGUAGCUGCCUCAAAUCGUACGACAGCCUUCGCGACCAGAUGCUGCGAGUGGCGCAGGAGCGUGUACGGCGCUUCAGCCACGUGGGUACGACAGACCGUCUGUUCGAGUCAGCCGCCUCAGCGCUGGUGUCGCUGGGUUACAGCACCAGCAGCCCCGCCUACUCCGGCGGUGAUGACGACGUGGCGGGGUCGGGCGGAGUGCGCCGCAGGGCCGGGGAGGGCGGCGGCGGGGGGCAGGGCGGCCGAGGCGGGGCAGGAGGGCGGGCAGGAAGCGGGCUGGCGGCGCAGAUGCAGCUGCAGGCGAAGUUGGUCCGAGAGGCUCGUCAGCGGCUUCAAAACGCCCAACGCGAACUCGCGGAUGGCAUCAAGGGCAGCUUGACCGCUGAGCAGGUGGAUGUGCUGCGGGGCCGAGUGGAGGCGCUGAGGAAGAGCCUCAUUCAGGCACAGGAUAAGUUGGCUUCGCUGAGGGAUCAGCUGCCUCAGGAGCUGGGAGGCCGCGGACAGGCAGCGGACAAGGGGAGCGAGGCUGUCGACAACGUGUUUGCCGCCCAAGGCGCCCGCCGGCGGCUUAUGGGUGCGGAGCAAGAGGUGGAGCAGCAGGUGGAGCAGCAGCCCCUGAGUGGAGGGCAGGAGGAGGAGCUGGAGGCGGGCGGGCAGCAGCGCAGGCUGCUGGCGACGAACAAAAUCUCGGUGGCAACCUCGGACGCAUUCGGCAACCCACUGGACCUGGACUUCAAGCGGAUACCCAACAGCAAUGUGGGUAAUGAGUUCAUGCGCUGCGCCUCGCGGGCCCAGCAGCGGGCUGCCACCCGCCGGGAGCAGUCGCUGGCGGCGCUGUGCACUGCGGACGGGCGGCAGGUGUCGUUCAGCAAGGCUGCUCGGAAGCGGAUACCUGCAGAUGUGCUGGACCUCAUACGGUCCUACAAUACCCUUGACACGGCGCUGCACCGCGUGGGUCUGGGGCUGCUGGAUGCGCGGCUAGUGGAGCAGAAGGAGCAGGGGCUGUACGCGGACAUGCCCAAGCUGCCAGCGGACGACGCGCAAGACAGCGGCCUCGGGGCCAGAAGGGCUAAUAGAGUCGUGAAGCCUCGGGACGAGCGGGUGGGGGAUGAGCUUCGGUAGGCCGUCUCGGCAUUCGUUGGUGUGUCCUGAAACGCCUGAGGUCGCAGCCGGGGUGAUUGCAGCACCACACGUUGCAUGCAGCUGUAUUAUGCUUGCUGGAUAGCGUCACAUCACUCACAUACAUCGAGGUUUGGCAGUGUGGAAAACUCGAGCAGUGCAGUUAGCAUAGCUUCCGGGUGUUCCUUUGGCUUGACCAGAGUUUACCAUGCUGUACGCUUCGCGGCAUGACUAGGGGGAGCGACAGAGGUCAUGGAAGGCUGUGGGUGACGGAUUCGCCUACUGAGCAACUGUGCUCGGGGUACCCGUUGUAAGGGUUACCACUUGCCAGCAAGGGAACGGUUGUACAUCAAUACUUGCCGGGCAGAAUUACGCACGCAUCCGCAAUCCU